AUGACAGAAGGAGAUGCAGACAACUUAUUUAAAGUCCAAAAGAUCCCAAGAAUUCCUCGAAAUAGCCGGACUACCAUAUUACUUAAACAAGUUAAAGUCCACUUUGAAAAGGAAUACAGACUCAACUCUUGUUCAUUUUAUUUUGAACCAAAAAUGUUGACAAAGGAUUUCAUUAACAUGGUCAUCAAAAGAGUUAAUGAGGAUAUGAAAAAUAUAAACUUUCAAGAGAAUAAUAAGGGAUUCUUGUUAGCACCUUUGAGGGAAAUGGAUAACUCUUAUAUCCUUCAAAUUUGUGAUGAAAAUGGUAUUCCUGAUGAAGAUUUCCCUCCAUUAGAACCUUUAUCAACAAUUGGGGAAUUUGGUUCAUUAGACUUCAUUCUAAGAGAUAAUCCUGAUUGCUACUCUUCAAUAUUAGCAAGAAGAAGAAGUAGAAGGAAAAGUCGAGCUUCAAGAUCAUCAAAAACACAAGUAAUGGUCAAACUCUAUUUUCAGAUUUGUGGAUAUGAAGGAGUCUCAGCCACUUAUAUCACCAAAUUGGGUACAAAAGUAAAAGACUUUCUUGUUGUUGUCUUGAACGACCGAAAUAACAAAAGAAAAGAAGGUGACGUUGUUCUAUCAUAUGAAUUGUCUAAUUACAGUUUAGAAAUUGCUGAUGAAAAUGGUGUUUCAUGCUCGACCAUUGGAGUUGACAUUGAAUCCAAUUUCCAAGGUAUUGGGGAUGUAUUUAUAUUAAGAGGUAAAGGACAUUAUUCACCGAAGGAUUGUCAGAUGAAGAAGGCAGAACCUCAAGAAUCUCUAUUAUAA